AUGAAUAAGCUUAAUAAACCUGAAUCGAGAGUUCAACGAAAUAUUCGUAUAGUAAUGACGAAUAUCAAGGAGGAACAAAAGCAAAGAGGUAUCCUUGUAUUUCUAAUAUUGAAUAAGUUGUAAAAUAUUUAAGUCACUUAAAGGAAGAAGGUGAACUAGCCAAACCCAGAUAUGCUCAUUCAUAAUUUCCACAGUAGAAAUUUAAUUAAACUGUUACAGAACCUAGUCUUAUCGAUUUUUAACUUGACAAUCUGAAUUUGAAAGUAAGUAAAGUGGGAACUCUGGUGGAACCCAUGAUUCCAAUAGUGGAAGUCCCUCAUAAACCUAUAAUUAAGAAGUUCAAGGCUCUGAAACACCCAGUUUUCUUAACAGAAAAUAUAGUAAACACCAUAAAGCCUGUAGAAAGGAGUAGUGAAUUACCUGUAUCGAUAAAAAGAAGCACCAAAUAAUAAAUGAUGAAUAAGGAGAUUCUUCAUCGUUUAGGAUUGUUGAGUGUCCAAGCAAAGCGGGAACUCCAAAUCGAAAAACUCAGCAACAGGGCUCUCAAGGUUUCCAAAAACAAGGAGACCUCUUCAUUAAAUCAUAAAUAACUUGAAUCAAUUACUUUUUAAUUGAGAGAGAAUGAGAAACAAGAGCAGGUUUAAUCAGCUCAAAGAUGCACUACUUCAGCAUCUGGGGCGUCUAGAAAGGCCUAUGAUUAUUAGGAUGAGUAUUUGGUAGAUUGUCUAACUGAAAGACUUGAUUUGGUAUACAGUGUUUAAACCUUUAAAAAUAGACCUUAGACAAGAAUAACUAAAAGGAAAAUUCACAAUUUUUUUAAAACAGUAACCAUGGCGCACUUGGAUAAUUUAGAUGAAAUUAAGAAGGACGAUCAGAGUAUUCAGAUAAAGAUUAAGUCCAUCAAGGAGAGUUUGCAACUAUGCAAAAGAAGGCUUCUAGAUUAUAAUGACGAAAUAGAAAUAGCUCUUACAGAAGAUAUUAAAGGGCAAGUUAUUGAAUAUAAAAACAUUAUUAAAAAUAAUAAAAAAUGACAGAUAUCAAAAA